AUGCCUCAGGAACAACGGGUGAGAAUGCAGCCUUCGGCUCAUGACUGCGAGGGGUCAGGAACUGGCAACCCGGUCGCCGAGGCUCAGACAUACCAUGACGACCAUCAGGUUGACCGCCAGGUCAAGCAUGGCUCUCCCUCAAACCCAUCCCCAAAGCAUGUUGCCUUUGAACUCCUGCUUGACGAAACCUCGAAAAUGCGAGCCCGCAUCCCCAUGAGGGUCCAGAUCUUCCCGCAUGACACCACAGACUCAAUCGUCACCACCGUCAAAAACUUCUACGGCAUCUACGAAGGAACGGCCAGCGGCGUCAGCUUCGAGGAUCAGGACGGCAACACCCUCAUUGCACGGUAUGAAAACCUCAAGAACAGUAUGACAGUCUAUGUCCGUGUGAUACCGAACCAUCACUACCCCGAUCAACACUCGCCGCCGUCGUACUACGCCGUCUCCCCAAUGGAUGGCUAUCCACGCCCUACAUUGGGAGAACCAUUCUCGAUGCCACCUCCUCAGCCCAACCAAACAUUAGGUUACGGUCAAUCCCUAUCCCGCCCUACCUCUCGCGCUGCUGCCGGAAAGCGAAGCGUCUCCCCUCCUGCUCGAGGUCGCCGAAGCGCCUCCAGGCAGAAAUCCUCCCGCGCCGGUGUCAAGAGCCGUGGCUCAAGCACACACGGAAGCUUCCAUGAUGACGCACAUAUGCCCUGCAGCGACAGCGAUGGCGGCCAGAGCUCAGUGAAUGGCACAAGAAGGACCAAGAGUGACCAUUUUGGGAGCGCCGAUAUUAGUAUGGAGAAUAUUCUACAGGAUGGGAGAAGGAAGCGCCCAAAGUUCGAGAGCUCGGAGCUUCCUUUGUUUGCUCCUCCUCAAGUGCCCCGGACGACUUCGGCAUCCUCCAUCUCUCCACAGCGACGCUCUCUUGCCCUCGAUGCUUCGCCAUUCGCAAGGCCAAACCAGAACGCAUUCAGCGGCUACCAAGCGCUCGCCUCUCCUCAGAGCUUUGGACAUCACGAGAAGUUGCAUUCCCUCCAAAAUGGCAGCGGGAAUAACCCAUACGCAACCCCUACCGUACCACAGCAUGGUCAUAGGCUACGUAACCGCACCAAUUCUAACUCUGCGGUGCAUUACGCAACCCCAGUCAACGGCCAUGGCAUCUUGCCCACCCCUGAUCCAACCAUUGCUAGCUGCAUCUCAGAUGAAGAUGUCGCAAUGCAAUUGAUCAGACUCGGAGACACAUCUAACUUCUCGCACGGUCGUAACUCUACAUCCACCGUCGAUGAUGCCUUCAGUGGAAUCGCAGACGCUCCCUCAUCCACCGGCGCAACCACCGAUAUCUCAGAUGCCAGCGGAGACGAAGGUGACCUCCCAACUAAAAUCAGGGAACGUCGCGAAUCCAGCGCCUCGCUGCCAGGUUUGAUGAGGAAGCACAAGUCAUUAGACGAGAUUCUUCCCAGCUGUGAAAGCAGUGACCCAACCAGCGAUGAUAUUGACGGGGAGUAUCAACACAUGGCGUCUCAUGACAACAUCAAGAGUGAAUAUGACGACGACCCCCUUUAUGAGGCACAAGCCUCCCGAACUAAGCGUUCGAGGAAAUCGGCCAGCGCAACAGCAACCGUAGCCUCGACCAAAGCGCCUGGCUCUAAACACGGCUCUACGGCCAAGGCAAACCGCAAUGCGAAGAAUCGCCCUACCUCUGCAUCUCGCAAGGGUAAACAGGCCCCCACCAGUGCCGCUAAACCAGUGCCGCCACCAUUACUUCCAGCUACCGCGCAACAAGGAGGAGUGAACUUCCACAACCAAUUGGCCGUCGACGAAGAGGAUCUGUCUACCAAGCCUCGCUGCCAGAGAUGCCGUAAGAGCAAGAAGGGCUGCGAUCGCCAGCGCCCCUGCCAGAGAUGCAAGGAUGCUGGCAUCGGCAUCGAGGGAUGUAUCAGCGAGGACGAGAAUAAUGGUCGCAAGGGCCGAUAUGGGCGCCACAUGGGCGUUUCCGUGAAGAAGGACCUUUCUGUUGGGAUAACCAAUUCCCAAGAGCCGCCAGUUACUGUCGCACAGUCUACGGUCUCGUCUACUACGUCAGCUGCGCCUGAUAAGAGUAAGAAACGGAAGCGUUGA